AUGGCACCACAGGGGAAGAGAUGGCCCUCGAGAGAAGGGUUCACGGUCGACGUGGUCGGCAGCUUGAUCCACCGCACCCUGCUCAGCCCCUGGAAGAUGAUACCCUUGCUAGCACUAGCCCAGUAUACUGUCAAAGGCCGCGAAAUUCUCGAGUCACGCCCGGAGGUGCUCAAGGCCCUCAAAGUGCUAGCCUCGUUGGCGGUUUUUAGUCGGCUCGGGGCAUGGCUGGACCGUCGUUCCAUUAAUAAUGGCCUGAAGGACCACUAUGACUGGAACCGUGAAGUCGUGGUUCUCACCGGUGGCAGCGGCGGGAUUGGACGGCGGGUCGCGCAGCUGUUCGGCGAUCGCGGCAUCAAGGUCGCCAUCCUGGACAUCGCGGCCCCGGAAGAUUCAUUGCCAAGCAGUGUGCGCUACUACGAAUGCGAUAUUACUUCCCCAGAGAACAUCGCCGAGGUGGCCAGCAAGAUUCGGGCCUCGUUCGGCAAACCAACCAUCCUAAUCAACAAUGCGGGUAUCCUGACCGGCAAGACCAUCCUCGGCACCACGGAGGCCAUCACUCGACGCUUGUUUGAUGUGAACACUCUCUCGCACUAUUGGCUGGCACAGGAAUUCCUGCCGGACAUGAUCGCAAGCAACCACGGCAUGGUGGUGACCGUCGCCUCCCAGUCCGGCUACACCGUCACUCCCAGCAUGGUCGACUACUCGGCUUCCAAGGCCGCUGCUAUCGCUUUCCACGAGGGUCUGGCUGCCGAGUUGGUUACGCGCUACCAGGCUCCACGCGUCCGUACCGUACUAGUUACCCAGGGCUUCACGCGCACUACCUUGAUUAGCAAGCUGUCCCCGGAGGAUACCUUUUUAGCUCCUCUUCUGGACCCCGAGACAGUCGCAGAAGGCAUUGUUGAUCAAGUUUUGACUGGCGAGAGCGGUAAUGUCCUUUUACCUGGUACCUCCGGUACUAUCGCCCAGCGUCUUCGCGGUUAUCCGCUGUGGUUCCAGCAUUUCUUGCGGUGCCGACUAGAGCGGGUCAUGCGUGCGAACUAG